UACCAUGUGCUCAACAACAAAGACCCCAGUAACACAGCACAGGUUAAAGAGCUCUUGGUGAAGGUAGACAGUAUGGUGAGGCAGAGUAACGGAGGGUUUUAUACUAACACCAUGUUUUUAGAGGCAGAGGCUGCAAUCAGGGAGGAGCAGAAUAGGAUGUUGCGAGAGCGAGGGCAAGCAGAGGGUGAAGACCAAGAAGGAAGUAACUGCAGAACGGAAGAGGGGGCUAAACUUGCAAAAAGAAGAAAAUGUGUUUUAGAGUCUGACAUAGCAGGAAGCAGCGAGAGAGGAUUACAAGAGCUCCAGAGGAAAGGGGUAGAAAGAGGAAGUGAAGAUGAUCUUAGGGUGGAGAGAUGGGCAAAGGAGAGCAGAAGCAGUCCUUUCAGCCUGCUGAGAGACCAGAUCAGAGGCCGACAUCGGGGCCAUGGCAGAGCUGUCAGCCGGCGGCCAUCUGUCCGGUCAUCACUAAUUCGUUUCAGGAGGGAAGCCGCGCUCUCUCCCAAGGUGCUGGAGAGAAUUAAGGUCCUGGUGGCUGCUGGAGCCACUGGCAUGGCAGUUGGGGCAGUUUUUGGAGCGGCUGCCCCUUUGGCAGCCGCAGCUGGGGCAUCUCUUGUUGGGAACUCGGUUGGUUUUGCUGCAGCUCAGUUAGCUGGGAUGUCUGUGGCGGGAGGCUCAGGUGUGGGGAACGCCGUGGGCGCCAUAGUGGCAGCAGCCUCGGGGAAAACUGCAGUGGCUCUGGGCGCAGCAACAGGUGGAGUUCUGGGUAGUUCUGUUGGAGCCAUUGCUAGCGCUGAGGCUUCCAGUCCUGCAGAAGGUGCUUUAGAUGCCCUCAGCCAGGUUAGUAUCAUAGGGGCCACUGCAGUCGGGGUGGCGGCCGGUGUGGGAUGCACCAUGGCAGGUGGGGCUGCUUUAGGAGCAGCUCUGGAGGGAGCAGCUGCUCUCGGUGGAGCUGAAACUGCAGCAGCAGCAGGAGUAGCUCAGGGUAGUUUAGCGUCAGCAGCCACUGGGACUCCUCAGUGU